AUGCUCCGACCUUAUCACAAGACACUGGUUCAGAAGGCCAUUAAGUUAAUUUCUCCCACCCAGCCGUCGCUCUCGCUCCCAUCCCGUCGUAUCCUCUCCCUCACUACCCGCCUUCACCUCUCCUAUUCACCUCACAGUCACUCAGUCCCACACCGCGAUCUCCUCUUCCUUACUUCCCCGUCGUCGCCUCUCCCUCCUCCCCGUCGUCGCCUCUCCCUCCUCCCCGUCGUCGCCUCUCCCUCCUCCCCGUCGUCGCCUCUCCCUCCUCCCCGUCGUCGCAUCUCCCUCCUCCCCGUCGUCGCCUCUCCCUCCUCCCCGCCGUCGCCUCUCCCUCCUCCCCGCCGUCGCCUCUCCCUCCUCCCCGCCGUCGCCUCUCCCUCCUCCCCGCCGUCGCCUCUCCCUCCUCCCCGCCGUCGCCUCUCCAUCCUCCCCGCCGUCGCCUCUCCCUCCUCCCCGCCGUCGCCUCUCCCUCCUUCCCGCCGUCGCCUCUCCCUCCUCCCCGUCGUCGCCUCUCCCUCCUCCCCGCCGUCGCCUCUCCCUCCUCCCUGCCGUCGCCUCUCCCUCCUCCCCGUCGUCGCCUCUCCCUCCUCCCCGCCGUCGCCUCUCCCUCCUCCCCGCCGUCGCCGCUCCAUCCUCCCCGCCGUCGCCGCUCCUUCCUCCCCGCCGUCGCCUCUCCCUCCUCCCCGCCGUCCCCUCUCCCUCCACGCGGUUGCCUCUCCCUCCUCCCCGCCGUCGCCUCUCCCUCCUCCCCGCCGUCCCCUCUCCCUCCACGCGGUUGCCUCUCCCUCCUCCCCGCCGUCGCCGCUCCCUCCUCCCCGCCGUCGCCUCUCCCUCCUCCCCGCCGUCGCCUCUUCCUCCUCCCCGCCGUCGCCUCCGGCGACAGGUGCACGAGCGCAAGCGUGA